AUGGAAAUCACGGUGAGCCCUGCGGCGGGGGCCGACUCCGCGACCGACUGGAGAGCCCCGUACCUUGACUACCUUGUCCACGGCACGCUCCCGGCUGACAAAACAGAAGCCCGCAGGAUCGCGCGCCGUGCAAAAUCCUUCACCAUCAUCGACCAGGAGCUCUACAAGAGAAGCCACACUGGGAUCCUCCAGCGCUGCAUCCCGAUCGAGCAGGGAAAGGCGCUGAUCCAGGAUAUCCACACCGGGGCUUGUGGUCACCACGCUGCGCCAAGGACGCUUGUGGGCAACGCCUUCCGACAAGGUUUUUACUGGCCAACCGCGGUCGCGGAUGCUACCCAGGUAGUCCGCACCUGUGAAGGAUGCCAGUUCUUUGCCCGCCAAACUCACCUGCCCGCGCAGGUGUUGCAAACCAUCCCCAUUACGUGGCCAUUCGCGGUCUGGGGGCUGGACCUAUUCACUGGGAAGAGAUUUCUUCAAUUCUGCGACGACCACCACAUUCGAGUGGAUUGGGCGGCAGUGGCGCACCCCCGCACGAACGGGCAAGUCGAGCGAGCCAACGGCAUGAUACUCCAGGGUCUCAAGCCACGGAUCUUCGAUCGCCUUAAAAAGUUCGGCGGACGGUGGGUUGCGGAGCUCCCAGCGGUCCUCUGGAGCUUGAGGACGACCCCUAGUCGGGCGACGGGGUUCACCACGUUCUUCAUGAUCUACGGUUAUGCAUAA